AAUCGGUAUCUCUAUCUGAAAGGAUUUCCACGGCGAUUUAUCGGGAAUGCCACGAUCUUAGUCAACAAUCAGUUUCGCGUAAGCGCGAAACAGAAGCGUUGCCUCAGUUCGAUCGUUGUUUAAAGAUCGUCGGUAUAUCUGGAAGAAUAGUUAAUCAAGCGCGACGAUGAAGCACACUUCUCAAAACAUUUAUCAGUUCGAUUAGAACGCAUCUGUCGAAUUCGUGACGUUAUCUGUUACGAAUUGUAACGAUCCGCGAAGAGGACGUGGCCAUGAGCGAUUCGUAGACCCAGCGGCGCGUGUUUCGCGAAAAAAGGAGGAGACAUUCGGAGGAAGAGGCGAAGUAUUCUCUGGAACAUAGAGAUAGGGAUAUCCAAUCAGUUUCAUGGAACGUCCCUGGGUAUCCCAGCAGAUGAGCUGUUGACCCAGCUUUGACAACGAUCCAGAUGAGAGAACGUCGGAAAAAUGUGACGCUGCCCACGAUGUCCUCGGUGUCUCUCCCCCAACUUUUCGUCUUGUCGCACCGCUCGCUGCUGCAUCAGUCCUCCUCUUCCACCUCCUUCUUCUCCUCCUUUUCCUCCUCCUACUACUUAAUAACGAGAGUACAAACUUGUGCUGUUGCUGCCGCCUUCGUAUGACUAAACACUGACAAACUUUCGAGUGUUUGAAGCUUCGCGAGCUGUGAAAUAUAGGACAAAGGAGAGUGCCUCGAGUGGCGCGUCGUGGCGUUAAGUCGAGCGGUUUCGACGCUUACCUAGCCCUGCGAGCUAACGCGGAGGGGAAGCAUUUUUCCGCUUUAACGGCAGCCUCUCUGUACCCGGACCGAGUGCAUUAGACGAGUUUCAACGCGACAGCACCAUGGGGUCCAGGAUGGGGUCUAGAAUCCUAAGAGGCGACGAGGAGGACAGUAUGAGGCUAUUUUGCUCACAGAAGGACGAAUCGUCGUCGGCGCCAAAGAUCACCGAUGGCUGCACAGGAGGAACGAGAGGCAGCGAGCAGGAAGUGGAUCGCUUCGGAUACUAUCAAAUGAUUAUGUUCGCGAUAAUUAGCUUGCCUCUGUUCUUGUCAGCAGGAUUCACGCUUGCCUACGUGUUCACAGCUGGGGAAGUUAAGUACAGGUGUUUGGUGCCAGAAUGCGAAGCCCCAAACAACACGAAGUACGAUGUACCAUGGGCAGCGGAUUCUGUUCCAGACCUGUCAGAAAUGUCCAAGUGCGUUCGUUACGUCGUUCGAAAUCAUACCGAUACUUGUACGAGUCAGUCGUUCAGCAAUGAGACUUUCAAUUGCGAUUCCUGGGUCUACGAUUCGUCGGAGAACACGGUGCUCAGCGAGUGGGACCUUACCUGUGACAUCAAUCGAUGGAAACUCACGUUGGUGGGUACGAUAAAUAACGUUGGCCAAUUCGUUGGAUUGAUCUUCGCUGGAUACAUAUCGGACAGAUACGGAAGACGCACAGUUUUGACACUCAUCACGUCCCUGAGCGGAAUCAGCGGCCUGAUACAUUCUUUUUCCGUGAAUUAUUGGAUGUUUCUAGCGUUCGAAUUUAUCGACGCGACUGUCGCGGCCGGUAUCUACAGCGCUGGAUUUAUUUUAGGAAUGGAGAUGGCAGGAGUGAAAGGCAGAGUUCUAGCGAGCACGAUCAUUUGCUGCAUGUUUGCAGUGGGUGAGAUGCUGUUGGGAUUGAUCGCAAUGUGGUUGAGAUCGUGGCGGUUGAUCCUCCGGAUGGUAUACGGUCCGGCUUUGCUCGCCAUUUUCCUGCCGUUCCUGAUCCCGGAAUCAGUCAGGUGGCUAUUGGCGAAAGGGAAACACGAGAAGGUGGAGAGCAUAUAUCGUAAAAUGGCGCGUAUUAACGGGCUGCAAAUCUCGGAAGAGGCGAUUGGAGCGUUCAAGGAUAUGAAUAUGGUGAAGGCCGAGAAGACGGAACAUGCAAACGAUAAUAAAACACCGUUCAUGCAAGUUUUGAAUAGCUCGGUGAUGCUAACACGUUUAAUGGCCUGCUCGUUUUGCUGGCUGACGAACACCUUCGUCUAUUAUGGAUUAUCGCUGAAUUCCGUGGCCUUUGCCGGCGAUAAAUACACCAAUUUCAUACUGGUCGCCCUUGUGGAGAUACCAGCUUAUUUUCUGACCUGGUUUUUAACCGAUUACAUCGGUCGUAAGGCGACCCUCUCCUCGUCUUUCUUAUUAAGCGGUGCAUUCUGCCUCGCGAUACAGUUCGUACCUGCAGAUUCGUUGAGUUUCUUGCCACUGAUUUUGUACAUGGGAGGCAAAUGGUGCAUCACGAUGUCAUUUUCCACCGUUUACAUUUACACGGCUGAGCUGUUCCCCACGAAUCUGAGACACUCGCUGCUCGGAAUCUGCAGCAUGACUGGCCGCAUGGGGUCAAUAUUGUCACCCCAAACUCCCCUUCUGGCACAAAUUAUGCCAGAGUUACCGCUCAUUCUUUUCGGCUGCAUGGCAUUGUCGGCGGGUCUGCUGUCUCUAUUCUUCCCGGAAACGCUGGGAACCAAACUCCCGGACACGGUAUGGGAAGCGGAGAACAUAGGGAAAUCAGAGGUGAAGCAAGAGAUCCAGGAUUCGCCUUCUUAGAGAGAAAAUACACGCGUUUCGUUGUAGAGAAAUAAAAUAAAAAAACCGUGCAGCAGUAAUGGAUAUUAGAAGUUUUCAAGUUCAGAAGACUAAAAGUAAGAAACGAAACGAGCUUAACGUUGGAGAUCCUCGACAAUCGCGAUCAAUUUGUCAUGAAAUUUACCAAACGAGUCAACGACUCAUCGAUUCUGGUCAAUCAACAGGAUGAAGGAUUGGCAGGGUAUCGCGAACGGUUUCGAUAAAUCGUUGUCUCGUUAUUUCAUUUUUCUCGGCUGACAGAUAUCGCGCAUACGAUGUAUAAUGAAUUUUUAAUACGAUUAAUUGUGCCUCGUUAAAGGUUAUCGUUGUUCACGUUAUCUGUCGUCUAGAGGUCUACGCACGAUGAGUCAGUUUGCUGCAUGAUGCUUUUUCUUCUUUUUCUUCUUUUCCUUAGGAGAAAACACGAUAUUAUGCUCAGGUAUUUAUACAGUAUUGCUGCAUCAUGUCUGUAAACGUAUCAAUCGGUAAUUAAUUAUCAGCCCCGGUAGUUUUUCCUUCUACUGCUGUUAACACGUUAAAUGUACCACUGAAAAUUUUUUAGAUUGAAAAAAAUAUUUUUAAUAUUUUUUAAUUGAUGGACUCGACAAAAUCCCUUAAUGUUGAUAGGGCUAAAAUUAAUGCUACUUAUUGUUAAAAUUUUAAAAAAUUUGUCUAUAAUUAAGUUGCUCUGGGGUUACUAGUGACCCCCAGACAUUCAACGUGUUAACUAUUCCGAUUGUUGUCACAUCGAGUAUCACCGUGCCAUGAUAGCGCAUCCUUUAGGAACAAUAGCAAUAAUUUAAUCACAUACACAUCUAUAUGUAUACAUAUAUGCCUAUAUUUAUAUUUCGCGAAGAAUACGUAGUGUACAAAAGAAUAUAGAGUACAAUGGGUUACUGAAAAUUGCAUGUGCAUUGAGCUUUGGUUUAAACCAAGAUAAUGUUUUAAUGAAUAACAAAUGCAUUUUACUGUCAGAUCAAUACUUGUAGUGAUGGAAAUAUUACGAUCAAAGGUUGCGAACGUGUUGUACAUUUUACUAGUAUGAAAAAUAAUUUUCUUAAUGAGUGUUAUAUGGGAGUAUUGAACGAUGUUAAUUAUUCUGAAGUUUUUAGUAUGAAGUGUUAUAGUGAUUGUUGAAAUGACGUUGAUAUUUCCAUCGUCAGAUGCAAACAUUUAUUGAUAUUAUAAGCAACCGUAUUGUUAAGAUCCAGUGAAGAACAUGUAUAUGUAAUAAAGUAUAUAUGUACUGGCAUUUACGAAA